AUGGCAGACCAGCUGGAGAUCUACGGCAGUGUCGGACAAUUUGCGUCAGACUUUUAUGCGCAAGUUAUUCAGCAGCAAGCAGAACUCAUCCCAGAUAAUGUACUUACAGAAGACUCCGUCUUGGCCCUAAUCAAUGCACUUUAUUUUCGAGGCCUGUGGAAGUAUCCGUUCGAUAAAACAAAAACCACAGAAGAGGAUUUCCACAGGCUUGACGGAACAGUGAAGAGAGUUCCAAUGAUGAACAUCGUGGGACAUUAUCCAACGUUGCAACUUGAGGAUAUGAAUGCACAAGCAAUCAAGCUUCCGUUUACUCACAGUCUAUAUGACAUGCUAAUCAUUCUGCCCUACUGGACCAGUGGUCUUCCAGCAGUUCUGGACAAGCUAAAGCAGCCGGGAAAGUUGCGUUCCAUUCUGCAGCAAGAUUUCCGGGACACAAGAGUGAUCGUCAGACUCCCAAGAUUCAAACUGGCCGAACUGCCAACAACUGACGUGAAAAAUUUACUCAAAGCUUGCGGACUCACAGCUUUGUUCGACUCAUCUGAAGCAGACUUAUCUCAAAUGACUGAUCAGCGUGGAAUAGCCAUUUCGGAUAUUCUGCAUAAGGCCGUCAUUGAGGUUGACGAGGAGGGAGUUACCGCUGCAGCUGCAACAGGAAUGAUCGCUUCCACGAGAACACGUACACCGGAAUUUGACGUGAAUCAUCCAUUCUUUCUGGCUGUGAUAUACAAAUCAACUCUGCCUGUGUUUAUGGGCCACGUGGUCGAACCCGAAGAAAACUGAGUUAAUCUGGAAAUUGUGUAGAGGCGCUGCUUGUUUGUUCAUUUUUACUUGCCAAACGUUUCUUCCGCUGCAUGUGUUAAUC